GCAUGGCGGCUCAGUGCGAACGGUGACGGCGGCGGCGGCGGCGGCGUAGUCAGCGGCGGGAGCAAUGGAGCGGUGGCGGUGGUGGUGGUGGCUGGUGGUGGUGGCGGUGUUGGUGAGCGCCACGCCUGCACUGGGGGACUGGGAGGACUGCCCGCUGGGGUGUAAAUGUACCUACGCCAGUAACAGGAAGUUGGCGGACUGCAGCCUGGCCAAGUUCACAACAGUCCCCUCAUUACUCAGCACUGAGAUACAGGAACUGAACCUUAAUGAGAAUAACAUCAAGUAUUUAGAGAAAGACGCGUUUAAGAAGACAGGGCUAAUUAACCUGCAGAAGCUGUACCUCCGAAACAACCAGGUGUUCAGUCUUCACCAGGAUGCCUUCCGGGACCUCAAGAUCAUGAUUGAGCUUGAUCUUAGCAACAACAAGAUCGACAAACUCCAUCCAGAUACUUUCACUGGGCUGGAGAAGCUGCGAGUUUUGGACCUGAGUUUGAACCUCCUGUCUAGACUCAGUGGGGUUCAAUUCCCUCCGUUACCGCACCUCAGGAGACUCAACUUCCGGGAGAACAGACUUGUCUACAUCCACAAUUUUGCCUUCUCUAACCUCAAGAUUCUGGAGUCCCUCAGGCUGUCAGGGAACCAGCUUGAGUUGAUCCAGCCAGAGCUCUUUGCCAAUAACACUAAUCUGAAGGAACUAGAGCUGCAUGACAACUUGUGGGAGUGUGACUGUCGCCUGAAGAAUUUGGUGCGGUGGGCCAAGAGGAAGUCACUCCUUCAGAAACAUGUCGCUUGCCACUCUCCGGAACGUAUGUCGGGCCGCAGCCUGAGGGACGUGGAUGAGGAUGACCUUGCUUGCCGGCCUGAAAUAGAGGUGCCCCAGGUGGACAUCCCCGCCGCCCCUGGUCAGAAUGCCACGCUGACCUGCCUUGUCCGAGGUGACCCACUCCCCCGUGUUCGCUGGGUGCAUCACGGCAGAGUCUUGGCCAACUUGUCUGUCGGCAGAUUUUCCGGCCCAGAGCAGAUAUAUCUCAUUAGGGAGGAGGUCGGGUCAAUAGCAGAGGAGCGUGUGACUAGUCUAAUGGUGACACAUGUGACAGAGGAUGACCUGACGUACUACACCUGUGUGGCAGAGAAUAUCGCAGGGUUAGUCGAGAGAAACAUCUCCUUAGUGCCAGCUUCUGUGACGUACCCAGGAGCUGUCACGCCGCCCGCCACCAUAGACUUGUACCUCAUUAUAGGGGUGACUGUUGGGGGUGCCCUGCUGCUUCUCCUCGUGUGUAUAUGUGUGUGCCUGUGUGUGCGGCGGAGGCGGAGGCGCACACCCAAGCCUAAGGUGAACGGGGCGGCCGGGGCAACACACACACGUCACGAGAAUGUAAUGAUAGUUAACCCUGUAGAGAAACCACCAAGGAGGUACGAAAAGGUGCCUCAGACUGACCUGGAGAUGACAGGCCUGGGCGGUGGAGGCAGUGGGGGUGGGCACAGGAGCUAUGACGAGGUGGACUAUCCCCCCGAGGCCGCCCCACCAAACCUUCGCACCCCUUUGGCCACCCUGGAGGAGGAAGAUGAUGAUCCCCCAUCCCACAACACCACCAUGGAGGCUGUCCCUGGCCCCCCCGCCCCAUCCGACUACUGGAGUCACUACCCCGAUCUCGUGGACAUGACCCGGCCCCGUGCCACGUCGCCCCCCGCCAUGCCCCACCUCUCAUACCGCUCCCCUGUGGGUCCCGGGGAGUGGCGGUACAGCUAUGCCCAGCCCUCGCACUACCCCAUGUCGACUGAUUACUACACAUCAGGCUACAUUUCCCCGCCUGGUGGCCUUCUAACCCGCCCCGGCUAUGUCACCUUGCCUCGACGCCAUCGUUCGCCAUCCUGGGCUGGCCCCCCAUCAGCGGAGGUCACAGUGCCCCCCCCUGCCCCUGCGAGUGAGUGUGGGGAUGUGCGCCUUCCCUAUGAUCCAAUAUAUGACACGCUUGGCCCAAGAACAACAGCUGACGGGACUUCAAGAACUGACCUCACACGCGCUGCACUCCGAGCCGCAGAGGCUUUCUCCCGUGCCCCACAGAGCCCCCCGACAUCCCCACCUACUCCUUCCCUCCCCCCAUACUAUGCCCCUCUCCCCAGCCACCCUGCCUCCGCCCCUCAUGCACAUCCAAAAAGCCGCUUGCACUCCUCCACCUUGCCUCGCUCCACCCCUAAUUUGCUUGAGGGAAGUGGCCUAAGUGGACUCAGCCUCCCUGCACAAGACUCCCCAGCCACUUCCUCCCACCAGGCUUCUCCACUCUACAGCAAGAAGCAGUCUAGCAUCCAUCAGUCACCCAACACUUCCACCUCUUCCCCAUUCCGCACCUCUUCCCCCUUCCAGGUCAACGGAAAGAAUGCUCCGUCAACCGCCAACACUUCCACCGACUCCAUCCUCGACUCUUCCACUUCCUCCAACAACAACAACAACAAUAGCAUCAAUAAGAACAAUAACAACAACAAGGGAGGUGGGGGGAAGAAAGUGCCACCCAAACCCCCUCCCAAGCCAGCUGGGAAGAGGCUGUCCACCUCCUCCAUUCCCGGGGACGUGAAGAAGGGAGAGAAUGGCAAAGUCUUCCAGGAUGAAGGACCAGAUGGAACAGAGGUGUGAGAGAGAGAGAGAGAGAGAGAGAGAGAGAGAGAGAGAGAGAGAGAGAGAGAGAGAGAGAGAGAGAGAGGUUGUAGUAGUUUGUGGAUGUGAGAAAUGUAAGUUUGAGGUUUUAAUGAAUGAGUGGAUGUUUUGUAAGUGAAUAAGGUGAUUUAAUUCAUCUUAUAAACAGUGAAUUGAAUGAGAUAUGUUGGAAAAAUACAUCCAUAGUGUGACACAAGGAACACUUAACACUUCAACACAAGGAAAUAUAUCAAAGAGAGAGAAAAGUGAGGCGCAGUAAGCAACACGAGGGAGACAGUGGCUAUCCAUUGGUGAUGGCAAAACUGUGGUGUUGAGAGGUGAGGCAAAGACCCGUCUGUGUUAGCUUUGAACACUCCUGUGCCUCGACGAGUGGUGUUGAAGUGUGGUGAGAGACAGAAGUGUUUAUGUACUAUAGAGAAAUGAACUGAAACUUUGUAUAGUGUAAUGAGUCAAGCUAGUUUCACUGUCCAGCUAGCCAGUCAAGAAACUAUGGAUGUGUUUGAUAGAAUGCCAUGUGGCAGCUAUUUUGAACCAGUGUGGGGUGUCUCUGUGGGCUGUUGAUGCUGUUUUAUUACUCUGCUAGAUAAAAAGUAUAUAAUAUGUAUAUAAUAUACAUAUACACACACAUACAAUGUAUUUUCAUAAUGCGAGUAGUUGGAAAUUUUGUAUGUUCAUAUUUAUUGAGGAGGGAAAGCUUGAGUGAGCAGCCAAGCAGAUGUAUUAGCAGGUUCUGUUCUGUUUUCCUCCCAAGUGCUGUGCCCCUUUCAUUGUGCUGGCAGCAGCCAGGCAGGACCAGGUGGUGGUGGUCAGGUCAGGCCCAGAGGUCACUUGUUUCCCGGCAAAUACAUUUAUAUAAUAACCUCACCCAUUGGACACCUGACUGCUAAACAAAUUUCAGUAUGGUUUUAUGAUGUCACUGAAGGAGAACAUUUUGAAACCAUAACAAUACCAGAAUAGAAAAUAUCAUAUAAAGGUGAAUACCAAGGAAGAGUUUUUAGAGAUCAAUAACUGAAGUAGAAUAUCAAUAUGGUUUUAGAGGUCACUGAAAGGGAACAUUUUAAAACCGUAACAAUACCAGAACAAAAAAUAACAUGCAAACAUUAAUUUUACAGAAGAGUUUCAUGCCAGCCUUGUGGAGUCAAUUUCCUGAUUUCCUUUGUUUCCCCAUGACUGUGAUGCUGCGAGGACCUCCAUGCGUUGUAUUUUCCGGCUGCAUGUGCCUGCCGCUGCUGCACGUGCAUGGCAGUCCCUCAGAGGCAGAGUAGAGGUUCAGUAGAGUCCCUUCAGUGAGGCCAAGUGAGCUUAUUGUGGUGUGAGGAUGCAAGGCCGCGUGUCUGUCUGUGUGUCUGUCUGCCCCGACUCGUCAAGUACAAAGUUGUUGCUAAUGGAAGGAUUAGAUGAAAAUUUUGUAGGAAACCUGUCCUCCAUUUAUUGUAAGUUUUUUGAUGCUCAUUAUGACCAAAUGUUUUCAUGCAUCAAAUGUUUUACUUUGUGUUUUCUUGUCUGUGUAGAUCUGAGGGCUUCAUUCUCCAACAUUUUGUGCUUCAUAUCUCAACAACUUUUAGCAGGUUGUAGUGGAAGUUAUUGGGGUUUUCGAGGAUGUGGUUUCUUGAUUCUAGUAAUAGCUGUACAAGAAUCUCGCACCACCACUGGGAAAGAAACAUUCCUGAGAGUUCAACUAAUCAUCUCUGGCCUUUGAAAUGUCCCUAGAGGAGCUUAAGGUGUUUCAGAGUGUGAGCCUCAGUGACAGGUAUCAGCAAGAAAAACACUGAAAACUAGACUGCAUGGAUUUGAAGUUGAAAAUAUAUUAUAACAUGAAUUUGUAUCUUAGGUUUUCGGCAAAAGCUUUUGAUGGAAAAUGUUCAGUUUACAGAUGUCCUUUUUGAUUCGUGGCUUGAAGACUUCCCUGGGAACUUGUUGGAUAUCUGGUACCUCAGUUAUUAGGUUUCAUUUGUUUGUGUGACUGUUUAUAAGUGAUGUGUAAAGUGUACAUAAAAGUGAAGUCCAUCCUUUGCUGUUUUGGAGGGAUUUGAGUUGCUGUUUCUCUUCGCUGAGUUGCCGGAAGUCACACGGUGCUCCUCAUCUUUAAUUACUAAGGUGUGUCUUAGGUUAAAAGCUUUCUUUUUUUUUUUAAGCAAAUUUUUAAUUUAUGUUAGCCUUACCUUGUUAUGUUUUCAGUGGUGUGAAAACUUGUGCAAGACACUGUAUCCUUAUUUUCUAUGUAGCCAAAGCAAUUUUGUGACUUAUUUACCGUAGACUGAUCCCGGAGGAUUGUCUUAAUUUUUAACUUAUGUAUAAAUUUAUAAUGUUGGAAACUUUGGGCACAAAAUAAGCUGUUGCUGGUGUGAAGACGUGCCAAGUAGUGCUUGCAGCAAGUACUCAGACUGAAGUGUAAGGCAUUACCUUAAACUGCUGUAAUUUGAGCCAGUUGAUGCAGUAAAUUAAUGCUUUCAAAGAACUUUCCCUUUUCAAAUCUUGACGUUCUGAUGUGCUGCAGGGAAGAAAUAUAUUGAGCCCGGUCAUGGGGCAUGUGAAUCAAAUGUUGUACUGUACAGUUGAUUAAUUUAUGAAUAAGUUACAUUCCUUAAAAUUUUGAUAUGAAUUGAAAACUUUUUAAAUCAGAAUCAAGCGCAGAUUUAUUUUUAGGUAAUUUUUCCUACAAAAAACAAAUUCUUCAUUCAUAAGUCAUGGGAAAGGACAAAAUAACUUCAUUCAUAAACUGAGUGUCUUAAACUGCAAUUUCCCAGUACUUCACUUCAGGGAUUGGCCUCCUUAGUUUGAUUAGUUAUGCCAGUCUGUUUUCUUAUUGGUUGCACAGGACAUAUAUCCACUUUUCCCACUGGUCGCCGCGUUGGCUCUGCGGGGCAAGACGGAAGGUUCCGCUGGGCAACACAACGCAUCCUCAACUUAGGACAGAGUAUAUUUUUGGCAAACCGUUUGUAGUGCCGGGAUUCACGGAGGCAGAGUGUGGAUACUUAUACAUACGUAGGAGUGAUAACUUUUUAGUGCAUUCAGUUCAUGUUUUGUACCAAUUAGUGUUGUUGCUGCUGCUGCUGCUGCUGGGGAGACUUGAGAGACUCUAGUGCCAACUGUGGGGUGAUGGAGAGACAGAGAACCUUCAUCCUGCACCUGUAAAAUCUGUAUUAACGAAACUCACCUGGAAUACACUCCUGGCCCCGAUCAAUUCCUGAUAUGUACAAUACUGUGUUGAGAGUCCUUCCGUCUAUUCAUGUGUUGCUUUGGAUUUCUUGAGGCACCUCUAGGGGGCAAAAAACAUAUGUUUGUACACAAAUGCAAUUGAGUUUCCUUGCAUGCCAUUGUGUAUUCCUUGAGUUCUGAGUGCAAGUCUACUUAGGGCAACACAUUACAUUUUUUUACAUUUAUAUAUAAGUUGAAAGUAAAACCAAACAUGUCCUCUGAUUUCUGUGAUGUUAAAAAGAGAAAAAUGCUCGUGUUUUUACUGAAUUUUUACCAUAUUUGAGUUUUCCCCUCCCUUCCAUUCCUACUUAUCCUGUUCCAUAAGAUCAAAGUGGCUCAGGGGAGUGUGUGGUGCCUGCUGUUCAUAUUCCACCAAACAUGAACUGGUUGUCACUCAAUGCUCAGUGGAAAGAAGAAUUAAACAUACAUACUCUUGAUUACUAGGUUUUUCACAGUAAAUUGUCCACUUUAGAAUACAAGAACACAGCAAUGCCAGUGACAUUUUUGCUAAAACCACUUAAUUAACUAUAAGGUACUGGAUCAUCAAAUACGAAUGUGGUUUCUUAGUUAAAUAAUGGUUUUGGUAGGAAUGAAGUAAAUGUACAGCAAGUGUUACUGUGUUCCUGCCUAAAUUAUUGUGACAGUUGGUACCGAAAAAAGUUAUGUGAAAUGUCAUUAGCAUGCCACUUGUUAUGAACUGGUUAUGACUGACCCAUAGAAUGCUCUAAGGAUAAUGUAAGGCAAUGAUGACUGUGCUCUCCAAAUACAGUCAAAAUGCAUCUUAUGUUCUCUAUAGAUAAGGGACAAAGACUCUUUCUUAAAUUAAAAUUCUUAAAUUUUCUGUAAAUUAGUGUGAUGAGUUUAUUUGAUGUUACUUGAAAAUCAUAAAGCUUUCUAGGUUUACACAUUUACAAAAGAAUCAUAACUUGAAAAUUAUUAAGUUUUGUAAGACUACAAUAAUAUUUUGACUUGACAAUCAUAAGGGUUUAUUUGAAUGCAAGAUAAUUAUGAUUAUUUUUUCCUGACAAAAUUUUGUAACUUAAGAAUUGUCGGGGUUUAUAAGGUUACAACAUUAUAACAAUGAGAAUGCCCAAUUGCUACAAGUUCCAGUGAGCACGGUGUUGGCAGGAAGAGGCCAGAGGGACCAGACACAUCCACUGUGCUGUGGAGACGAAAGCCAUUAUUGUUAAACAUUCCUACUGAAACUGUCAUUACUUGUAAGGCACAGAUUGAAGUAAUAAAAUGUAUAAAAUCAAA